GUCUUCUUUCCGCCUCUGCCCAACUGCUGCAGCAGCGCUGUCGCGGGCCUUCCGGUUACAUUCUCAAACUGUUUACUCUAGUGCUUCUAGUGUAGAAGUACAUCAUGUUUCCCUUAUUUUGAGAUGGCUCAAAUUUCAGCAGACCUUUCUUCUGAUUGUCAAUUUUGGAUAAAGAAGCUUUCUCAAUGGGCCCAGGCCUCCACUUUGGAAACCCGGCAAGAUCUCUGCCUUCAUCUGCCUCAGUUUCAGGGCUUCCUAAGGCAGCUGUAUGAGGCCUUGAAAGCAAUGGAUUCAAAAACUGUCAUUGAAAAAUUUCCCACAAUUGGUCAACUGUUGACAAAAAGUUGCUGGAAUCCAUUUAUCUUAGCGUAUGAUGAAAGCCAAAAAAUUCUAAUAUGGUGUUUGUGUUCUCUGAUUAAUAAAGAACCACUGAAUUCUGCAGAAUCAAAGCUUAACUCCUGGGCACGGGGGUUGUUAUCACAUAUGCUCUCAGCAUUCAGAUUGAAUAUUCAAGAGGUUGGCCUUUUCACUCGAGGUCUUGGAUAUGCACCUACAGAUUGCUAUCCUGGUUUGCUUAAAAAUGUGGUUUUAUCAUUGGUGACUGAACUUAGAGAGAAUCAUCGUAACGGAUUUAACACUCAAGGACGGAUGAGUCCUGAACGCAUGAAGUCGCUGUCACAGGUUUGUGUCCCUCUUAUUGCUCUGCCUGAUUUUGAACCUUUGGUGAAGGCUCUGCUCACAUACCAUGGAUGUGACCCCCAGGAAGUUCUCUGUCCUGAGUUCUUGGAUGCGGUGAAUGAGGCCUUUCUGAUGAAGAAGAUAUCUCUCCCCACAUCAACAAUAGUCUGCCUCUGGCUUCGGCACCUUCCCAGCCUUGAAGCCACAGUGCUGCAUCUCUUUAAAAAACUGGCCUCCAGUGAGAAAAGGUGCAUGAAAAGGAUCGAAGGCUUUGUGAGGGAUUCAUUACUGCCUGAAGCAGCCUGCCAUCCUGCUGUAUUCAGAAUUGUUGAUGAAAUAUUCAGGUCAGCCCUCCUGGAGACCGAUGGCGCCCCGGAGAUCCUGGCCACUCUUCAGGUGUUUAUGUGGUGCUUUGUAGAAGCUCUGGAAAAAGAAAACAAGCAGCUGAAGUUUCCGCUCCAAGCCUACUUUCCUUAUGCGUCUCCAGCUCUCAUCAUGAUGCUGCUUCAACGCCCAAAAGGCGCUCCACAGGCACAGUGGCUGCAGCCACUCAAACAGCUCUCCGACCAGCUCCGAGAAGCUGCUGAGGAACAGAGUGACGGGUCCUGGCGCACGGCCUUCGAGAGCUGGUUUCUGUUGGUUCACUUUGGAGAGUGGGCUGGUCUGGCGGCCGAGCAGCUGGUGAGGUCAGAGGCGGAGCCCCCGGAGGCCCUGCUGUGGCUCAUCUCCUUCAGCUACAGCCCAGAGGCCGGGAGGCAGCAGCGAGCACAGACCAUGGUGGAGCUGGGGGCAGUUUGCCAUCGCCUGAGGGGGCUGCGUGGAGCUGCUCUCCUCUCAGCCCGUGAGCUGCAGGCCGCUGUGGGCCUGGACAGGCCUGGGGGGCCCAGACAGCUCUCCUGCCACCUCCUUUUGCUCUUCCUGCUCUGGACUCCCCGAGGACACACGGCCGCCGCAGAAGUCAUCACCCUGCUGUCUCAGACGGAGGAGGUCUCCCGGGACCUCAUGGACUUUCUUGAACAGACCUUGUGCAGAUGGGACCAUCUCUGCAUGGGAGCCUCUGCCCCAAGAGAACUGGCCAGAUCACUCCUUACAGAGCUGCGCAGACAGACCUGGCCUGAGGACGGAGGCGCCUGAUGCGGGCCAGGUUCACCAAAGCUA